AUGGCUAAAUUACAAGCAGCCACAGUUUCGAACAAGAUUGUACGGAAGCGGAAGCGGAAAGAUGUAGAAGGCUCUGAAGAACCAUCCACCACAUUGCCCCCGUCGCCCUCGACUUCCACCACCUCUAUACCUACAAAGCUCCAUGAUGGUGGCUCAAAACCAAGGCGAGCCCCAAAAUCGGAAAAGCAGCCCCCUGCAUUGGCACGUAGUGCGUCCACCUUCUCAAAUCCUGUCACGAGCUCAAUACCGUGGCCCGCAUCUUUCCAAACCCUUGAGAAGACCCACAAAGCCCUCAAUGUUGUAUUCACGUUCUGCUCUACGCGUAAACAUGUUGUUACAACUUUUGACACAAUCAAAAAUGCCGUGGAGGGACACAUCAAGCGGGAGUUGAAGGUCGAAGAGGUGGCCAAAAUUGUAGCGCUGAGACCAGGAGGCAUGAACUUCUCGUACGUGGAUGAGGCAAUGCUCCAGGUCGAGGUUAAGGGAGCCGAAAGAGACGAAACUUUCAAAGGUAGAAAGAAAGACUGGUUCUCUCAACACCCCGCUCCCGAUGCUUCUGUUGGUGGUGUUACCGGCACCCACGGGCUUGGGCACGGGGAAGCCGAGACUGGAGCCGGCGAGGAAGUCCUAUAUUUUGAAUUUAUCGAUGGCGAUCUGAAAAGACAGGUAGAGAACAAGAAGACCGGCGAGCCUACGAAAGCUACCAGAAAACUGCGAGACGAAGAAUUAAAGAUGCCGGUCUUCAGCCAGAAGCAAAUGAUGGGGCUGAUCGAGAAGCGGAAUACCAAAUUUGGAUAUGCCAUCAAUGCUUUCUUGAACCGUUGCGAAGCUGAAUCAACAGACGCAGAAGACACACUAAACAAGGAGUCUGAAUCCUUCAUCCCAAUGCCCAGUCAGUCCAGAAGCACUACACCCAAACCUGAUGUCAGUGCAUUACCAAAGACAAUUCCGAAAGAGCGAAAAUCUGUCUCUGAGAUAGUUACGGAAAUCAAAGAAUGCGAGUGGUAUACCGGUCAGAUUGUACCUGAUGGGCAUCGUGUUUUCGAUCCACAGGAAGCCAUCUAUGGACACUUGAAUUUUAGGCUCAGUCAAAAUCUGGUAAACGCGUUGUAUAACACGAAAAACAUCACUCAAUUUUACGCACAUCAAGCAGAGGCAAUUAAUAAUCUACACGAGGGGCACCACGUUAUCGUAGCUACCUCUACUAGCUCAGGUAAAUCUUUGAUCUAUCAAAUCCCUGUUCUCCACGAACUCGAGCGAGAUCCCAAUACAAGAGCGAUGUACAUUUUCCCCACGAAAGCUCUCGCGCAGGACCAGAGAAGAAGUCUCAAAGAAAUGAUGCGCUUCAUGACUGGCCUCGAAGAGACCAUCGUUGAGACGUUCGACGGAGAUACCGACAUGAAAGACCGCAACCUGAUUCGCGAUGAAGGUCGAAUAAUCUUCACCAACCCAGACAUGCUCCACAUCACAAUUCUACCACAGGAAGAGAAGUGGAGGACGUUUCUCAAGAACCUGAAAUACGUUGUUGUCGACGAGAUACACGUCUACAAUGGACUUUUCGGUUCUCAUGUUGCGUUCAUUAUGCGCCGAUUAAGAAGGAUCUGCGCUGCUGUUGGGAAUCGCCAUAUCAAGUUUAUUUCUUGCUCUGCCACCGUUGCUAAUCCUCAGCAACACUUCAAGACCAUUUUCGGAAUCGACGAUGUGCGGAUGACGGACUUUGACGGUUCGCCUUCAGGCAGAAAGGAAUUUCUGUGCUGGAACACACCUUUCAAAGAUCCAGGUGAUCCUUCCAGUGGUCGUGGCGAUACCAUGUAUGAAGCUGCUCGGCUAUUUUGUCAGUUGAUUCUCAGAGGAGUACGUGUCAUCGCAUUCUGUAGGAUACGAAAAGGCUGCGAGGCCCUUGUCAGUGCAGUCAAACAGGAACUUGCCACUCUGGAAAGGUCUGACUGUAUGGCACGGGUUAUGGGUUAUCGGGGAGGUUACACCUCUCAAGACAGAAGACGUAUCGAAAGUGAAAUGUUUGAGGGGAAGUUGAUGGGAAUUGUCGCAACGACUGCACUCGAGCUAGGUGUUGAUAUUGGAUCCCUUGAUGCAGUCAUAACUGUUGGCUUUCCUUACACCAUUGCAAAUCUACGACAGCAGAGUGGUCGAGCUGGGCGCAGAAACAAAGACUCAUUAUCUGUCCUUGUCGGAGAUUGCUUUCCGACAGAUCAGUACUACAUGCAAAACCCUGACGAAAUCUUCACGAAGCCCAAUUGCGAACUGCAAGUCGAUUUGCAGAACAUGUUGGUUUUGGAAGGUCAUAUCCAAUGUGCUGCGUUUGAGAUGCCCAUCCGUGUGGACGAGGAUGCGGAGUACUUCCCGAAGAAUUUGAAGGAAAUCGCAGAAGAGAGGAUGGUACGUGACGAGCUUGGAUUUUAUCACUGCAAUGAUCGUUUCCGACCUGUGCCUUCCAAGUUUGUUGCGAUACGAGACACCGAAGAAGACCACUUUGCAAUUAUCGACAUUAGUCAUGGCAAGAACGUCGUCUUAGAGGAACUGGAAGCAUCUCGAGCAUUUUUUACGUUGUACGAUGGUGGCAUAUUCCUUCAUCAGGGUAACAGUUACUUGGUCAAAGAAUUCAACCCAGACAUGAAGCUUGCCAAGGUAGAGUUGGUUCGCGUCGACUGGACAACGCAACAGCGCGACUACACAGAUGUCGACCCCAUUGAGACAGAAGCUAUUUGCCAGAUACCGAAAUCUCUAUCGAGAGCUUUCUUUGGAACUAUCAAAAUUCAACAAGUUGUAUACGGAUUCUUCAAAGUGGAUAAGAAACGGCGCAUAUUAGAUGCCGUUCAAGUCGACAACCCGCCUAUCAUUAUCUUCAGUAAAGGCAUGUGGCUGGACGUACCUAAACAAGCGCUUGAUAUCUUGCUGGAGCGGCGGCUCAACAUUGCCGGUGCCAUUCACGCUGCUGAGCAUGCGAUAUUGAGUCUUAUGCCCAAUUUCGUGGUGAGUAUGCCUGGUGACGUGCGAACCGAGUGCAAAAUUGGCAUUAAAGAGUUUGCUCAAAAGGAGACUACGCGUAAGCGUCCGGCACGUCUAACCUUUUACGAUGCUAAAGGCGGCGCUAGCGGUUCUGGGAUAAGCACCAAAGCAUUCGAAUUCAUUGAUUUGCUUCUCAAGCAAGCAGUACGUAGAGUUGAGGGAUGUCACUGCCAUGAAGGUUGCCACGAAUGUGUAACAUCUGACAUUUGCAAACAUGCAAACGAGGUUAUGAGCAAAGCCGGUAGCGAAGUUAUAUUAAAAAGCUUGCUGAAUAUGGAGAUUGACAUUGACGCCCUACCUAUGGGUCCCGAAGAAGGCUCGCCUGCUGGUAUAGAGACUGUAGUGCUUGCAAAGCCAGUCCUACCCAAGGGUCGAAUGGACGUCCUUGAGGUAAACAGAGGGGCUGGUAAUGAUGGUGAGAGAACUGUGGUUGGCGAAGUCACGAUUAAGGAUGAACCUCUGGAAUAA